AUGUUUAAUACUCAAGGGAAACUUCCUACACGUGCAACCUCAAUUAAUCAUCAACAUCAAACUUCAUAUAAAUCAAAGGAAACUAUCAUGGCUUCUGCUAGUGGGAAUCCUGUACAUUCAUUAGCCCUGAAUGAUUCUUCUUCUACUUCCUCCAACAACAACAACAACAAUAAAGCAUUAAAUGAUGAACAAAUUUAUCAAUGGAUAUCAGAAUUAGUAACGGGUAACAACAGAGAAAGAGCAUUAUUAGAAUUAGGUAAAAAAAGAGAACAAUAUGAUGAUUUAGCAUUAGUUUUAUGGAAUUCAUUUGGGGUUAUUACAGUUUUAUUAGAAGAAAUAAUAUCAGUAUAUCCUUAUUUAAAUCCACCAAAUUUAAGUGCAUCUAUUUCUAAUCGAGUUUGUAAUGCAUUAGCAUUAUUACAAUGUGUUGCAUCAAAUGUUCAAACCAGAACAUUAUUUUUAAAUGCUAAUCUUCCAUUAUAUUUAUAUCCAUUUUUAUCAACAAAUGCUCGUCAAAGAUCAUUUGAAUAUUUAAGAUUGACUAGUUUAGGUGUGAUUGGUGCAUUAGUGAAAAAUGAUACCCCAGAAGUUAUUAAUUUUUUAUUGACUACAGAAAUUGUUCCCUUAUGUUUAAAUAUAAUGGAAAUUUCAUCAGAAUUAUCUAAAACAGUGGCAAUUUUCAUUCUACAGAAAAUAUUAUUAGAUGAUCAAGGAUUAGCUUAUGUGUGUACUACUUUUGAAAGAUUUCAUACUGUGGCUUCUGUUUUAUCUAAAAUGAUUGAUCAACUUAGUAUUGCUGUAAAUACAUCAAAUGCUCAACAACAGCAACAACAGUCGGUAUCUUCAUCUUCUUCUUCAAAUAGUUCUGGAAGAUUAUUGAAACAUGUUGUUAGAUGUUAUAUGAGAUUAUCUGACAAUUUAGAAGCUAGAAAGGCUUUAGCUAAUAUUUUACCUGAACCUUUACGUGAUGGAACUUUUUCUACAAUUUUACAAGAUGAUUUAGCCACCAAAAGAUGUUUAUCUCAACUUUUAUCUAAUAUCAAUGAACCUCAAUAA